AUGUUGAAGAAGAGUAAAGAGGAAGAUUUAUUUGCUAAGCCGCAAUCCAUACCCUCUAAAAGAUCAAGUGAACUGAGAAGGCAAAGUGUGGAUGAUGCACAAUUACGUGGCAGUAUAUUGAUUACUGGCGCUGGUCGCUCAGUUAGCGUAGCUCAUCUUAAUAAUUUGUCGAGGCCAUUAAGUGCUAGUAACUUGGCUGCCUUAUCGGAUUCUAACUUAUCAGUUCAGGCUGCUCUCUUACCAAGGAGUUAUAACAAACCAAAUACUAAUACUUCACAAGCAAAGAUUAUAUUUCAGCAAUCGUUUGUUUCCUUGGUCAGCUGUUAUUAUGGGCAGCUGACUAUUGGUUGUGAAAAAUCGAACUGUAGGAAUAAGUUUUGUCGCUCCAAUGAAGAUUUUAAACUACUCAGUAGUGAUAUGGCAGCUAUUGUAAGUAUCGAAUUAGCUUCACGACAGAGGCUGUUUUUGUGUAGCGGUAGGAAAUAUGAAGAGGACUUAAUUCCCGAUGCAGUAUUUAAAGCAGCUGCAAACUCGUCUAGGCCCUUCUUACACGCUCUAUUUUCAACAUCUCCGUUUAAGUGCUUGUUCCGAAGUCCAUAUGAUAGUAGAAACAUUUCUCACGCAGAAAACCCUCAACGGAUUGAAGAGCGCUGGAGCGAUGAUAAAAGAGGAACUGAUAAUGAACAAUGCGAUCAAUCUAGUAUUUCACUUUAUGAGCUUUCUCUUACACAUUUAACGUACGGUAUGGUAAAGGAAGCUAUUGAUAAUUAUACUGAAUGUGGUGAUCCUGCGUUUCUUGUUAAUACCUUCAGAACAGUUUUUUCUUCCUCUGAUGCUCUGAAUGAUAGCUUCUUAGUACAAGAUACGAAGAGUUCUGAUAGCAGCAGAAUGUUAAAUAUUGAUCUCGACUUGAGAUUAAUGAGAAGAACUUUUGAAAUUAUUAUGGAUUUGAAACCCUUGGAAUCAUUCAAACCCGUAAUCAUCGAUUCCAUUGAAAUAUUGUUAACUCGAUUAGAGAAUUCUGUUGUCAAUUCUGAAGAAAUUAAUCAGGUAUUCAUUACAAAAUUGAUAAAGUAUGAUCAACUUGGAUUUAAGCGCAUCCUGAAAUUGCUUCUCGAUCAUUUAAGCGCUGUUGUACAUACUAAGCAAAGGACUAAUUCUCAUAACAUACUUAUAGUGGAACUACUUGGAGUUUUACACUCAAUUAAUAUGAAGGCGCAUUUCGUAUCACUAAGUGAAUUUUACAGUGACGAUCUUUCACGGAAUAGUCUGAUAGCUUCACCAAAAGCUACUAAAUGCUUAUUUGAUUAUCCUUUCCUUUUCAACCCAGCUGAAAUUCAUCAAGCACAAAUGAUUCUACAAGGGAGCGAGAGGGAAAGAGUUGUUGAAGAUUCACUACAUUCUAUAAUGUGCCCUUUUCUGGUCCUAGAAGUCAGGCGUGACUAUUUAAUAGAGGAUACAAUGCAACAAAUUCGAUCGAAGGAAAGUGAUUUAAAAAAGCCACUCAAGAUAAAAUACGUUGGUGGAGGAGAGCAAGGAUUAGAUAUGGGAGGAUUGCAAAAGGAAUUUUUUCAUUUAAUUGUAGACUGUAUUUUUGACCCCAGCUAUGGCAUGUUUACAUAUAUUGAAGAGUCGAGAAAAUUUUGGAUAGACAGCGCCUCGUUAGAAUCCGAAAGGGAGUUUGAACUGGUCGGGAUAAUUUUAGGGCUAGCAAUCUAUAAUGGUGUCAUCUUGGAUAUUCAUUUUCCUCAAUCUAUAUACAAGAAAUUACAAGGGGAACAAUUACAUUUAAAGGAUCUUAUUGAUGUGCAACCAACACUUGGUGCCAGUCUUCAAGAAUUACUGGAAUAUGACGGGGAUGUAGAAGAUAUUUUUUGCUUUACUUUUGAGAUAUCUUAUAUGUCUCUUGGACGUAUGGUAGAUGUUGAAUUAAAGCCACGUGGAUCUCUGAUACCGGUAACUAAUGAGAAUCGAGAGGAGUUCGUUAAUUUAUAUAUUCAACAUUUGUUAGUAAAUAGCAUUGAAAAACAGUUUCAGCCAUUCUCUCGUGGAUUUCACAAAGUUUGUGGGGGAGAUACGCUUACUCUAUUUCGGGCUGAAGAAUUAGAUCUAGUUAUUUGUGGAAGUAACGAAUUGGAUUUUGACAGUCUUGAACGCACUGCAAAUUACGAUGGUUAUACAUGCACAAGUGUAAUAAUAGUGCAUUUUUGGGAAUUAGUUCACGCCAUGAAUGAGAAGCAUAAGAAAUUGUUACUGAUGUUUGUAACUGGCAGCGAUAGGGCUCCUCUUAAAGGCCUGGGAAAUCUUAAAAUUAUUAUUCAGCGAAAUGGCGGUGACUCAAAUCGACUACCUACCGCUAUGACCUGCUUUAACAGACUAUUACUGCCAGAUUAUAAGAAUAAAAAUAAAUUAGAAAAGUUACUGCUAUUAGCAAUCGAAAACGGUAAAGGCUUCGGAUUGACAUGA